UCCUUUUUCCGUAGUACCAUAACUGCAAGAGCUUAUAAUAAAGGACGUUUAUCUUUGAGCUUAGCUUCGGCUGUACGCCAACAGUAACGUCGUUUCGCGAGGUAUUGUGAGGUUUUUGAUUGUUCUUUUCUAGUGACGUGGAUAACCUUUUGUGGUCAUUGACUACCACUGACAGGGAAGACAGGGAAGUCUGAUAUUUUCAAUUAUUGGAUUGAAAGACUCUGAGAAAAGCACCAAUGUUCUAUAGUUCCUUCGGAUUAUUUAGAUAACCGCUGUCAGCUUCACUAUAUACCGGAUCUAAAGAAAAUAGAUGCCUUGGAUCUGUUCGCGCUUGAAGCAAGUUUUUAAGUGGAUCUCGCGGCGGGAAAUCCAGCCCAUUCAGACUCUAAUCAACAUUUCAGAUAUAUUAGCAUAUAUAAAGACCGUAGGCCAGUCAGUUUGUCGGUCACUUGGAAGCAAGCCUCCAAAAACUCUCCAAGACCAUGAAUCUAACAAACCCAGUUAAUAGCUAUGAACCCAACGUCUCUGAAAAAACAUUUCACGUCUUUUAUCUGGUGAUUAUAACAUUAGCCAUCAUCAUUGGUAACCCCACAGUACUUUUGGUGAUUCGACUUGAUCAUCGACUUCACAGCCCUACGUUUUACUUUCUGGGAAACUUGGCUGUAGCUGACUUAUUGGUAGGGGUUGGUUAUGUCCCAUUCUACAUUGUAUCUGUUUUUAACCAAGCUUGGGUCCUUGGUUCAACUUUGUGCAGAGCUCACGCGUUUGUAGUCUCUACAAGUUUCAAUGCCUCCAUUAUGACUCUAUGCGUUGUAAGCGUGGAUAGAUUUCUCGACAUCUCUGAUCCUCUAAGGUAUUAUGGUCGCAUGACGCAGAAAAAGACCAAGAUGUUGAUAGCUUUCAUUUGGCUACACUCUAUCUUUUGGGCUUCCUGUCCCCUGUGGAACUGGGGCGAGACUCUCUUUGAUGUCACGACACACACUUGUCGACCAAACUUCGCGCCAAUUGAAACGCCCGGUAAAGUUUACGGAAUCCUGCUAGCGAUUUUCGGCUUUGCUAUUCCUGUCAUAGUAACCAUCUACAGCUAUUUUAGGAUGUUCCGGGUUGCAGAGGAUCAAUCAAAGAAGAUCGCUAAAGACUUCUCCAUGUCACACGGCGCUAGCAGCGGCACCGAGGACACGGGUAAACGGACAUCUCCACGACCAGCGAGAGAUAAAAAGGCUCAUAAAACUAUUCUUAUAAUCAUCGGCGCGUUUUGCUUUUGCUGGUUACCAUACACGUUUGGUACAUCCUGGAAAAUCCUGACUGGUCAGACGUUGGCACCAUAUUGGUUAGCCAAUCUUGGACUAACACUAGCUUUAACGAACAGCUUUAUAAACCCGAUUGUUUAUACUAUAAGAGACAGAAGAUUUAGACGGGGUCUUCAGAAGGCUCUGUGCUCUCGUCGGAAUCCUUGGGAGAAUGGCAUCCAUUCACGUAAUGAAACCCAUUCAAAUUUGGCCUUGACUCAACGUGUUGAUCAAACGUUGUCGACUACAUCGAAGACCGCUGUACAAAAAGACUCAAGACGAGAGAAGUCGAUGGUUGAGACACGAUAAACUUGAGUCUUUUCGCCGCCUAUGAAAGAAUAUAUCCCCUGACUUAAGAUCUUAAAGAAAGCCGUUAUCAGAGUCAAAGGUAGUAUUGGGUUCUCCCUGUUAUGUAGGGGUUGGGGUCCCUGUGUGGUUGGUUGCCAAUCCGGCUCUAGUCACCGUGCGCCAUCUUGAAUUUUUACACCUCGACUGAAAAAGUAGUUGAGUUUUGCAACUUCUUGUACUUGGUAAAUAAGUUCCUUGACAGAAGUUAAAAAAUUGUGUAUGCUAAGAAAAAGCUAGAAAUAACUGCCCACGGUUCCUAGCUGAGCUGGCUCAUUAUUUACGCGACUUGAAGUUGUGAAAGGCUUGUAUGGCACUCUUCUUCAGUCGUUUCAUCUAAUAUAAGGCUCGUAAUUUACCUAUUACGCUUGUUCUAAUUAGAAAUAGCUUAAAUACCUUGUGCUCGAUAUUCGUUGAAAAUCAACUGAGAUUUCGCACCUGGUUUUUAAAUAGCCCAUGUAAAAAAUAAUAUAUGAAUCAUUAUUUAUAAUUAAAAUUAUGCAUAAAUCUAUAUUGUACAAAUUAGUUAAAUAGUAAAAAAAUAUUAUGGAGUAAAUAAUAUAUUAAUAGAUACUCGGAUGGUGAUAUCGUCAAGAUAUAUAUUACUAGUUCUCUGAGUGGCUCGAAGCUAGGUGUAUAUAGCUGUUGUAAGUAUUUAACACACUAUGUGUGACAUUCCAUUAAUAUUGUUUUUAAUAUACGUCAGAUAUGUAUUAUUUCUUUUAUUUUGAAGCGCAAUGAAUUUUGAUAUGUGUGCUAUAUAAGUUACAUUAUUAUUAUGUGCAGUACUAAAACGUAUAGAUGCAAAAAAUCUAUGACCUGUAUAGGGCGCACAGCGUAACC